AUGGAUCCUCCACUUUCUUUCACCGUUCCUCAAGAGGAUUUUCUUCUGUUCCACCAAGUGGAUAGAGACCUCUACAAAAUCCUUGUCACAGAACUUUCUCGUGAUCCAUCCGAGUCCAUGCGAUUGCUUGCUAUGUGGCUUUGGUUGGAAAAAGUUGGUUUUCAUAACGUUGUGAAAAAUAUUAUGUCUUUGCCUAUUAUUUUGAUCAAUGAGAUUGCUGAUGAAACAAUGCUAUGUCUCACAUGUCUUACCAACAACAGUAACACCUCCCUAACUACAAUAAUGUUAUCUUCUGAAGCAAAUGAUAUUCCACUUCUUCAGAGCGUAAUGGAAAAUGAAAUCUCUCUGAAAUUCUUUCGUCAGAAUUGCAUGGAAGCAAUUCAUGGGGUGGAGAAAACAAGAAAAGAAGUAUGUAUGAGGGCAUUUGGUGAUAUCAUGCAACGGGCGAUGAUGAGAAACAUAGCAGAGAGAAUGGUGGAGAACAAUAAUUUUUUGUUUGGUUCGACUGGACCAAUAAAUCUGCAGUUUGGUUCGGUUGGGAUUGCAGGUGCACUAGGGCAACAACAUAGCAACAACAAUGGAGGAAGAGGAGGAAUCAUACCAGCGGAUGAGAGGACAUUGUUUGUGACAUUUUCGAAAGGGUAUCGUGUUGAAGAGUGGGAAGUUAGAGAAUUUUUUACUAUGGCUUAUGGAGAUUGUAUUGAGACUUUGUUUAUGCAAGAAACUCAACCAAAUGAGCAACCACUUUUCGGAAGAAUUAUUUUUCAUAAGGUGAGUACUAUUGAUAUGAUUCUGAAAGGAGCUUCUAAAGUCAAAUUUUCAAUCAAUAGGAAACAUGUGUGGGUCAGAAAGUUUGUUCCGAAAAGAACAAACACCGACAAAGUUAUACUUCCUGGAGAGACUUCUGGUUUUGGGUUUGGAAUUACUAGUUAGCCAUAAUUAUGUGAUAUUUAUGUUUCUUGUUUUCAUGUUGAUGGUGGUUUGAGAAUAUUAAUGUUCACAUAGAUAAAAUUAUGUACUCCAAU